AACAGUACAUUAUACUUUAGUUACUUUAAAACACUUUCAUUUUGGUGUUACUGUUCCUUUAAGUGUGACAUCACAGUGGAUGUUUUGUUAACUAAGAGAUGCCAGUGAGUGUGUGACAUCACAAUGCAUGUUUGGUUCAGUCAGGAGAGAAUCCAGACUUUGCCUCACUUGCAUUUAGACUUCCGUUAGAGACAGACAGUAGAACCUUUUGGAUUUUACUGUUUAUCUAUAGCGGUAGUUCUUUUUGGAAUUAUUAUUUUUUUAAACAUGACCAGGGGAACUAAAACCUUUUGGUAUUUUUUACUAUUUAUCUUAUUAAUACACCUUUGCAGAGGAUCAGCUGAAAUAAAAGAUCCUAAAGAUGAGACAAGUGCUGAAGAAAUCAAUGAAGACAUAGAGAGAAUGAUCAACGACUAUAGGAAACAGUUUGAAGAUGUUACUGGGAAAACCACAUCUGUGCAAACUGCAAUAAAAGAUGCUAAAAAUGAAGAAAGCAAUGAAGACAUAGAGAGAAUGAUCAACGACUAUAAUAAACAGUUUGAAGAUGUUACUGGGAAAACCACAUCUGUGCAAACUGCAAUAAAAGAUGCUAAAAAUGAAGAAAGCAAUGAAGACAUAGAGAGAAUGAUCAACGACUAUAAUAAACAGUUUGAAGAUGUUACUGGGAAAACCACAUCUGUGCAAACUGCAAUAAAAGAUGCUAAAAAUGAAGAAAGCAAUGAAGACAUAGAGAGAAUGAUCAACGACUAUAGGAAACAGUUUGACGAUGUUACUGGGAAAACCACAUCUGUGCAAACUGCAAUAAAAGAUGCUACAAAUGAAGAAAGUAAUGAAGACAUAGAGAGAAUGAUCAACGACUAUAGGAAACAGUUUGAAGAUGUUACUGGGAAAACCACAUCUGUGCAAACUGCAAUAAAAGAUGCUAAAAAUGAAGAAAGCAAUGAAGACAUAGAGAGAAUGAUCAACGACUAUAAUAAACAGUUUGAAGAUGUUACUGGGAAAACCACAUCUGUGCAAAUUUCAGAAGAUGACAGUAACACAAAUUUCGAUGAAACUAAAAAAAGCAUAACUGAAGAAAGCAGGAUUCAAGCAACACAUAAACAAGAGGAGGAUGUAGAAGAAAUAACUAGUGGAGUUGAGAGACAAAUCGCUAACCAGAUGAGAUCAACAAUGACAACUACAACAAAUACAAAUGAUAAAAUCCGAAUGAUGGUUAAAAGCUUGGAGAACAACAAUCAAAUGAAUCUGAUUAUCAUUUGUUCAGUCCUGGGAAGUGGAUUUUUAAUGGUGAUUGCCAUAUUGCUGUGCAUAGCAAGGUCCCUUUCAAAAUUAUCCAGAGAAAAGGACCAACUGUCUGAGGCAGAACAAGGAAAUUUAUAAUGACUUUAUUAUGGAACAUCACAUCAGAAAUGAAAAUCCACAGAAAUGCAUUUUAUGUUUAAAAACCCUCCAUUACCCCCCUCAGUCUAGUGUAACAAUGUGAGGGGUGGUGGUGCAAUGCAACAAUAGGAUCAAAUAUAAAAAUAAUACUCUAGCCUAUUGUUGCAUUGCAAUGACCCCAAAUCCCAGACUAGGACAUGAAUAACAUCUGACCUAAAUCCGAAUGUACU